AGAAGACAGCCGACAAUCCAAGUGGGAGCACAACCAGCGGCCGAAAAGCAACUGGAACUGCACCGGAGGACAAGAUGACAAGAUCGACCUACAUUUGGGCGCUAGCCGCCUGCCUGAUCGCCUGUGCGAGCGCCAAUUAUGGCGGACCCCAGGGCUACGGCGGACCCGUGUCCGGCGGCCAUGGCGGUGGCUCCGAUGGAGCUGAUGCCGCCUCGGCGGCUGCAGCUGCUGCUGGAUCUGCCGGCGGAGCUGGUGGCGAGUACGGCAGCGCUGGUGCCGGAUCCCAGGGUCUGGAGUCUGGCGCUGAUGCUGCUGGAGUCGCCCAGGCUGGAGGCCAGGGCGGCUAUGGCUCCGGCCAGAGCAGCUACGGCUCGGACCAGAACAUCCCCUACAAGCCCGUGAACACCAAGGGCAACACCCUCACCUCCUCAAUCACAUAUCCCCAGAACAAGGGUGAGAUCCUGAUCCAUCGUCCCGCCCCCAUCAUCGUCAAGCGCCCGCCCACCAAGGUCCUGGUCAACCACCCCCCACUGGUGGUGAAGCCCGCCCCCGUGGUGCUCCACAAGCCCCCAGCAAUCGUGCUGCGCAAGGUUUACGUCAAGCACCACCCACGUCGCGUCAAGGUGGAGCCCGUCUUCGUCAACGUGGUGAAGCCCCCAGCAGAGAAAUACUUUGUCAAUGAGAACAAGCAGGGCUACGGCCAGGGUCAUUCCGGCUCCGGACACGGACACAGCGGACACGGUGGACACAGCGGUCAUGGCGGACACGGUCACGGCGGUCACGGAGCCGGACCCCAUGGCUCUGGACAUGGCAACCACGACGGUGGUCGCGCCCUGCCCGCUUACGCAUCGGGAGCUGAUUCCGCCGCUGCCAGCGCCGGAUACCAGCUGCUCCAGAGUGGCAACCAGGGUCUGUCCGCUCUCGCCAACAUUGCCGGUGAGCGCGAGGGUCCCUAUGGCUCCGGCCAUGGCCACCAGCACUACGGCGCCGGUCCCUCCGGAUCCGGCAGCUAUGCGGCUCCCUCCUACUAAGCGACGAAAGUCAAGUAAGAGUGGUGGCCGCCGGACUGCUGUGACUGCUGCGGCUCUGGAAUUCCCCGAAGCGGCUGUCCAGUCACCGCCGACGUUAUCCGGUGUCCGGUCUCUGGCUGAUUAGUGUUAUGUAUGCUUUAAAAUACAGCCUGAUUCCCAUGCCACCUGCCCAUCGCCAAUCGUUCAUCGCCCACCGCCUGCGGCCACAACCACGCCCACUCACGCACACCCACUCCACCCAAUCCAUUCGAUGACGACGGCCGAGGAGGUCUUGGCAGCCAGUCAGGUUUCUUUGCAAAAAAAUAAAA